AUGGGAAUAUUUUUAUGGGGCUACGUGGUGUACUCGAGACUCGACACGACCCUCCAAGAGUGGGUGGACGCCCUUGAAAUCUGGCAAGUUUAUUUGGGAUUGUACGUGUUGAUAUUUGCGUCGAUCGUGGUGAUCAUAGCUCCGUUUUUGUCGUGUUUCGCCGUCUACCAGGAGCUCAGCCAACUACUCAUGGCGAACGCCGGUGUACAUCUGUUUUCGUUCUUCGUCCUGUUGUUGGGAUCAGCUGUAUUGCUGGAAAACACCACGACGGGGUCUGGAAUCGUGUCAUCGAUCAGGGAAAGUAUGAUGAACUUGAUAAUGCAAUCGCAAAACGAGUACGCUACGAACACUCUGAACAUGAUCCAAGAAUCUAUCGGAUGUUGUGGAGCCGACGGACCCAACGACUACUUGUCGCUGAGGAAAGCUUUGCCCACCGAGUGCAGGGACACGGUAACCGGUAACGCGUUCUUCUAUGGCUGUGCCGACGAAGUGACCUGGUUCUUGGAGGACAAAUCCCGGUGGACUACCAACAUAGCCAUAUCUAUAGCCGCUUUGGAGAUGCUCAUAUCCGUUCUUAGCGUGAUUUUAGUCAGGGCUCUGCAAAAGGAAGAAAAAUUCAACUACAACCGAUGA